AGUUUUCUUUUUUUUUGUUCUUUGGCUAAGCGAUUGAUAUAUGUAUGUAUUUACAUUAUCGAUACAAAACAUUCAAUGUUUAUAGUUACGAAAUAAUUGAUAUUGACAGUGAUAGUGAACCACUUAUGACGAAUAUUGCACGCGUAUAACAUCAAUUGGUUCCGUCUAAUACUUUGAAGUGUGCAGAGCACUCAGUCGUUUGGUGUACUAGUAAGAGAAUUAGCCCGGUGUUGUGUAGCAUUUCUGUUUAGAAAUGUUGAUUAAAGAUUGACUUUCGCGAAUUCAUUGUAAACAAGUGGAGAUUCGCUAAUAAUACUAGCAACAGCUGCCGAAACUAUCGUGUUACGUGAAAUAUCCAUGAAGAAGUUAUAAAAUUGUUUAGUGACACGCUAGUUGUGUGUUUACGCCAUUAGGGUUGCCAAGUGUCCAAAAUUUUAGAAAAUAAUGGCAAACAGGCCCCGGGUGAAAUAUAGCCCCACAAGCACAAAUGAUGAUGUACGUGUGCGAACUGAGCUAUCCAACAGCCGUUGGGCUAAAAUCAAAAAGAAUUGCAUGUCACCAUGGUAUAAAAAGGUAUCCGUGGAGCCCACAAUGUUCCUGUACAUGUUUGCCUUCAUGAUUACGUCCGUGGUGGAACAGGACUUUUUCGUACAGAAGGCGUGUCGCGUCAAUAAUAAUUUUACCGAUGAAAUCUGUUCGAACAUUCAGUCGGAUGAGAACGCCAUAUAUAAAAAGCAAGUGCAGAUAACAACGGCAAAAUUCCAUCAAAUCGAGGCAAUUUCAGCGCAUGUGUUUCCUAUUGUAUUGGCGCUCUUCAUCGGUUCCUUCUCCGAUCGGCGCGGUCGCAAAUUUCCGCUCCUCAUGGGUCUCACCGGUAAACUCAUCUACUCGGUUAUGAUCGUUGUGAACGCACGAAUGAAGACUUGGCCAUUGGAGUACGUCAUUUACACAGCCACACUACCGUCGGCGCUAACGGGUGCGGACGUCGCCAUAUUCGCCUCAUGCUUCGCCUACAUCUCGGACAUAUCAACGCUGAAGAACCGUACACUUCGUGUAACCAUACUGGAUGUCUGCUAUUUGACCGCUAUGCCAACGGGUGUGGCUUUAGGUUCGUACCUCUUCUACAAUGCAUUUAAUAAGUCGUAUGCGGACAUGUUUACGGUGAAUGCCGCAUUAUUGGCGCUUGCCAUAAUUUAUACCGUAUUUGCACUCAAGUGGCAAACUACCGCUAAACAACGUUCUCUGCACGAACUCGGCUGUUGCGGUUUCUUUCCGGAUUUUUUCGAUAAAGAACAUGUCAAGGACUCUGUCACUGUUUUGAUCAAAAAACGACCUGGUCAUCGACGUCCCUUCCUCAUCAUCUUACUGAUCGCCAUGGCUUUGUAUACAUUCCAACGCGACGAGAACCAGUACUUAUAUCUGUACACGAUUUUCAAAUUUAAAUGGAAUGUCGAUGUGUACAGCACAUUCAAAACAUUCAAGUCCACCGCCUACGUUGUUGCCAUGUUGGUGGCGGUGCCGUUAAUGAAUAAAGGAUUCUAUUGGAAGGAUACGACCAUCAUCUUCAUCGGCGCUUGGGCGCACGCAAUUGCUCGUCUCUUUUACUACUUCGCGCAGACUGGCACAUUUUUCUAUGUGGGCGCGCUAAUUUGUAGUUUGGGACCCAUAGUGGGUCCAAUGAUUCGUGCGAUGACCUCGAAAAUUGUGCCGCAAUCCGAGCGAGGCAAGGUCUUCGCUCUGCUCGCUGUCUGCGAUAAUGCCGUACCCUUCAUUAGCGGUGUUUUUUAUUCACAGGUUUAUCGCGCCACCUUAAAUGACGAUGGCAAGGGUGGUCAGGGUGUUUUCCUACUGACCAUUGCCACACAGCUGGCCGUCUUCGUACUGAUACUCACUAUUCAUAUCAUCCUUGGCGAACAAUCUCUGGCCGUGCCGGAAAUUAGCGAAAAAGAAUCUCAACUCAUACAUGAGAAUGCAGCUAACCCCGCGACUAAGAAAUCUGCCAGUGCCAUUGAGCCAGUUCAAGUGCCUGCUAUAAGCGCAAAUAUUGCAGAUAAGGAUAUUUCGACGAAAGCCGUGAGUGCGUAACCGAAACAAGUUUACAUCUGACCGAGCGCUGCCACGUCAACAACUUCUUUUAUGCUGUUAUAACAGCACCAAUAACAAAGGAGCGAAGUAUCAUAGAAGUUAAAUUUAUUGUACAAUAUAAUAUUAGUUAUUCUAAGAAUAAGACCUUAUAUAUGAAAGACAUUAA